AGCGCGUGCAGAGCACGGACCAACCUGUGCAGGAAAGAUGGAAACCAUAUCAAAAUCUGAGGAAGAGCAUUUGAACUCUCUCAACCCGCAUGUUGACCUUGAGCAAAAGGAGGCAUCAGCAUCUCCCAAGAUCUGGAAAUACCUAUCAAUUAAAGAUAUCCUCAUAGGUAUCCUUGUUUUCCUGGUCAUCGCGCUUACCAUUGCCAUUAUAGCAGUGACAGUCCCCAGAGACGCUGAGCAACUGGGUCAUCCGCUGGUUCCCUCCGAACUCUGCAGUCUACCAUGUCCACAUCACUGGAUUGGCUAUGCGGGAAAGUGCUAUCACUUUUCGAAGAACAAACGGAAUUGGAACUCCAGCAGCAACUACUGCAAGUCACACAAUGCCUCCUUGGCUAGGAUUGAAAGUGAAGAGCGGGAGUUUGUGAAGCACCUCACUGGCAAACAUUACUUCUGGAUUGGUCUCAGAAGAGACCCAGGUCAACCCUGGAAAUGGCUAAAUGGAGAAAAUUCAACGCUCAGAAUCGCUGGAACAGGUGGGGAAUGUGUCCAUCUCAACAAUGAAGCCACAGCCGCCGCCUCUGGCUGCCACACAGAACUUCCUUGCAUCUGCAGCAAACCUUCUGCAUGUACAAGUUCUAAUUGUUUAUCAGCCUUGUAGCCCAAACACUGGAGGAGAGCUGGAGUGAGUGAGUAAAGUCAAGAAAAUAAGGAGCCAAGAUGACGAAUUGAUGAAC